AUGGAUUUACGAAGCGGUGGAACGCAGAUGUACUGCCUCACUUACAGAGGACUUACAGUCAACUCUAACGACCAAGAAAUUCAAUGCCAGAUAAUGACAGUUGCCCAGGCGGAGGAUGACACGAACUCUCCCCAAGGAGUCGUGAUUGCUGGUUAUCCUAUAACUUCCGGACGGCCGCCCCGAAGUAGAGGAAACGAGCUGGAAGUCCAUUGUCGAGAGUCCACUCCUGCAGACCGCACGUCAGCUUCCAGUCAUUAG